CUUUAAGGACCAAUCUGCAACCAUACCCCAAAAUUUCCGCCAAAAGGAUAUUCUUUCUCGCAGAGCCUCUUCCUCCCUUUCGUAUCCUCUUCUUCUCCAGAAGCGACGGAGACGAUUUCUUCUGUGAUGCCGCAGUCUAUCGUUACCACCAAUCACCACCGUCCUCCUCCGCUGACUACCAACACAACAUGCUGCUCUUUGUCGAGCUUCGUACCAUCGUUACCGAGAUCGAUUCGAUUUCCAGCGGCGAAAUUUGGUUAUACGUUGACGUUUUCGCCAUACGGGAGUACAACUAGCAGUAGAAAUAAGGUGGUUAUAUGUAUGGCGAAGGAGAGGAGGGUGAAAAUGGUGGCGAAGCAGAUACAGAGAGAGCUAUCUGAUAUGUUGCUGACCGACCAGGUUUUACAGUACGCUAUUCUCCCCGAAGCUGCCCUCGGUGCUGACCGGUAUCUGUCAUCUCUUACUACCAUCAGUGAUGUUGAAGUCUCAUCGGAUUUACAGGUGGUUAAGGUAUAUGUAUCUGUUUUUGGUGAUGAAAGAGGAAAAGAGGUUGCCCUUUCUGGGUUGAAGUCAAAAGCAAAAUACGUACGUGGUCAAUUGGGUAAGCGUAUGAAAUUACGACUUACCCCUGAGAUACGUUUUAUUGAAGAUGAAUCUAUAGAGAGAGGAAGCAGGGUGAUUGCUAUAUUAGAUAAGAUAAAGGGUGAGAAGAAGACCACACAGGAUCCAACGGUUGACCAAGAUGAGUCAACCGAUCCAAAUUAUGACAAUGAAGAAUGGGAGGAUGAUGAUGAUGAUGACAUCAUCUAUGUGAAGUAGUUUUUGCUAGUUGCUUUAGAUUAAAGCUUGUUUGACUUUAUGCAUGCUUCUUUUCCCCAAGGAAGCUCAUGGAUUAAGGAGCCACUGCAUUGCAUUGGUAUGUAAAUAACUUUUGAGAAAGAAGAAGGGGGGGAGGGUAGCAAAGAUGGUUUGUGUUUUAUUUUCAUAUAAUACGUUGUGACUGAUUUAAUUUUCCCCCAAUGUUAGUUAGGGUUGAAUGUUUGUUUAUGCAACAAGGGUUCAUCUUUUUUCAGUUAUGCAACAAAGUUGUUUUUCGGAACAAAUAUGCAAAUCAUUUAACCCAGUUGCAACUCCAAUUACGUUGUCGCAUAUUUUGGCUCUAAUUUGAAAAACGGUUGUAUAUUGUCUUCAUUGAAUGCUAGUGCCACGUCAUGAGGUAAGAAGCACCAUAUUAUAUUACAAUGUUACAUAUAUUUCGUCUAAAACAUCAUUUUGUUGCGUAAAAAUAUAAAUUGUUUUAACCUAGUGCAUGUGUUAAAAUGGAGUACUUAGGUACUCAUUGUCAUUUGAUUUGUAGUGAAAAGCAAUGUUGCUCCACAGAAUUAUCAUUUGUAUCGAAUCAUAUUAUGGGG